AUGAACACUCAUGUGAAACGAGGAGAAGUUUAUUUACAGCAUCAGAAACAUUUCGAGAAAUGGAAACGGUACUGGCUGAGCAUUUACCCAGACAGUGGACAUGGAGUGGCUAGAUUGGAGCUAAUAGAAACUGGGUCAGAUAAGUCGCCGGUGCUUGGUCGGAGGCAUCCGGAGCGUAAAGUGAUACGAAUAGCUGACUGCAUCAGUGUGGUUCGACUCCCUCCACACGCAGAGGCCUAUCCUGCAGACAACAUGGCUGCCUUUUGUGUAGAUACAAGUGAGAAGAUGCGGGUGUUUGCAGUAGAGAAAGAGGACUGUGGAGAGUGGGUGGACAAGAUCUGUGAAAUUGCUUUUCAGAAAAGCAAAAGUAAUGCACCACAGCCAGCACCCGUGAUGGAGAAGAAUGAAAUUUACUCUUCCAGAGAAGAAGUGUUUGAGUUUCAGGUGACCGUGCUGCAGUCUGACGUAUUGGAGCACUGUAAUCUGCAGGGUUCAUAUUGGCUGCUGGUUGGUGAGGAGAAGCUUGUGCUCAAGAACGUCGAAAGCCGACAGAAAGUGAUGGAAUGGCCGUACAAGCUGCUGCGACGCUAUGGCUGUGACAAGACCACGUUGUCGAUCGAGGCAGGCAGGCGCUGCGAGUCUGGUCCUGGAACCAUUCAAUUCGACACCCAGCAAGGUGAACAGAUCCUUCGUCUCAUGGAGCUGGCCAUUCAGCAGCAGAAGAACCUGACUGUUUCUGGAGGCAACACCACUUUAUUUUCCCCCUUCUCCCCAUUACCCAAAGUACCAAGCAUCGACAGCCUGCUUGAUGUCAUCAGUUCUGACUCCGGUAUGAGUCCAAGUGUGUACUCCUUUGGCUCAGAGGACAACAAACCUCCUGUAGUCUCGUCCAAAAGCACACAGAGAUAUUCUGCUGAAUCCAUAUGCUUGCCUGAAGUUGGUUUUGUAGAGUGUGUGUACUCGCAGCCGGCCGAUGCCAUCAGAUCACAACAGACUGAUAACACCAGACCUCGACAGUAUAAGGACAUAGAACCAGUCUACUCUGAUCCUGUUGAUAUUAUCCACCGCACCAGUAACCCUCAAACCCAUGUCAGUCACGCGACAGAAACCACACACUGUGGUAGUCAGCCUGAGCCCGUGUACGCUGAAGUGCUGUAUGUCGUUCCACAGUCGGGACAGAAAAAAGAAGAAGAAACGAUCUACAGUUUACCAGAUAUCGGUAAGGUUUGUAAACCACGUAAUGCUGAUGAAAGCAGUCCUGCAGUGGACGAAGUCAUUUACAGCCAAGUCAACAAAGCAAGAAAACCCAUAAAGCCUCAAGAUGAGAGCACAGCUAAUAUUAAGAGGAUUAUGUCUGAAGACCUUGGACUAAUUUAA